AUGGAUGCAGGAACAUCUGCAAACAUGCUGAAGAGGGAGUGGAUCAUGCUGGAACUCUCACCCAUCAAACAGCUGUGGAACCUCAUUCAAUGUGAUGUCCAUUGGGGACCACCACCAAAUACCAAGUGUUUUAUAAUAAUGCUUGCUUACGAGAGGCAAGUGUCCUGUUUGUUCCAUCUGAGGGUUCUCAUGACUAUAAUCAUAGGUAAAACAGAGAAAGAAUGUAAUGAAUGGAUUCAAAAGUGUGAAAAAAAAUUGAAAGAACAAAAUGAAGCUUUGAAAGAAAAUGCAUCUGAGAUUUCCAAUGUCAAAUCAGAAGAAUCAGCUUCUAAAAUAAGUGAUUCUACUUCAAAGUCUAAAUUACGAUAUGACUGGUAUCAAACAGAAGCUUUUGUUGUAAUUACCAUUCUACUCAAAAAUAUGAAAGAAGAAGCUGUUAAAGUAGAACUAACUGAAUCCACUUUAAGUUUUUCUGCUAAACUUCCAAGCAGUUCUGAAUAUAACAUAGAAUUGGAUCUGGCAUAUCCCAUAGUUCCUGAACGCAGUACACACAGGAUUUUACCAUCAAAGGUAAGAAAAACAUACUCUCUAUUCAAAAGUUUUCAUUUGAUAAAAUAUAUUUAUUUAAUAGACUCAUCAAAUGUCAAGUGCGACACCAGCAAGUAUCCUUCGUCACGCCCGGAAAAGAAGGACUGGGACAAAAUUGUCGUAGACAUCAAGAAAGAAGAAGCCGAAGAAAAAUUAGAGGGAGAAGCUGCACUCAACCAGUUGUUUCAGAAAAUUUACUCCGAAGGAUCCGACGAAGUCAAGAAGGCCAUGAACAAAUCUUUUAUGGAGUCUAGCGGAACAGUCUUGAGUACGAAUUGGAACGAAGUGUCUGAGAAGAGAGUGGAAGUCAAGCCACCAGACGGAAUGGAGUGGAAGAAGUGGAAUUAACAUUAUAAAAUAAUUAUAAAGAAUAUAUAUAUUUUGUGAUUUAAAUAAUUAAAUUAUGAGCAGCUUUUUAUUUACGGAUUGUUAAUUCAUUUUUGAACCAAAUUCAUAAUUUUGAAAUUCAUAUCAUUGUACAGCAUAUUUCAGUGGAUAACAACAAUCAUAAAUUAAAAUUACAAAUUUAUGAUUCAAUUUAUUAUUAUUUUUUUUUUUUUUUAUAUUAAACAAAACUGUAGAUAAAAGUAACUAAUGUAAAUAUUUUAAAUAUUCUUUCAAUUCUAACAAUUUUGUUAUUUUUUUAAAGAUUGAAUUUGUUUAACAUGCCGGUGGCAGAAGGAGUAACCGGUGAAUACGAGAGUAACUCUUUGCAAAUCUCCAGAACUCCAAACUGGUAUAUUUUUAAAAAUUACUUUGUUGUUAGUGUCGAUAGUAAAUACAGAGUCUUUCUAAAUGACAUAUUUCGUAACCAGGAGUUAACAUCUUUAUUUUGCAAUGUAUUCAUGUAAUAAUUAUUUCCUUCUAUAUUUUCUCCACAUUGAUGGCCAUAUCUGCCGCAUGGCAGCUUCGAAUGUGGAUUUCAGUUCCCAUGCAGAUCGAAAGGGAGAAAUCUAGAUGGUGUCCUUUGCAUAUCCUUGUGGAAAAAAUGUACAUGAUGCAUUUCUUGAACUCCAUCUAUUGUUCGCCCACCUAUGCCUUACAUCCUUAUCCAGGUCGACAGUACAUUACACAUUUGUUCACAGAAAAUUGUUUUAACCCCUCUCUGAUUGUUUUUGAAUCCAGAAGGAUGCUGCCGACAAAUUUUAACCAAAAAUUGUGGGCAGCAUCCAUCAUCAAUUCUGAUUUGGUACAUUCAGAAGUCUGACAGAGUACAUUCCGAACCUGAGAAUGGAGUCGAUUUUUAAAAGCACUUUUUACAGCCGUUAGAUUGUAGACAAGUACUCAAAGAAAGACCCAAAUAUCGAGAAACUUGCUGAUCUUGGAUACUAUGGAACUAAUUUAGGAAAACUCUGUAUUUAGAUUGUUGUUAUUCAUUUCUAUAUUCAUUCUUUAAAAUAUACUAUUUACAUCUUCUAAAGACAGUGUGCAAAUUAAUUACAAUGACAUAGUUUGCAUGCUUUAGAAAUAGGUAAUCCAUUAGACCAUCUGUACAAAAAUGUAACUUUUAAUUUCUUUUGCUGCCAACACAUCGCUAAUCACUUAUAAUACAAUAUUUAGUUUUAGCAUUUCUUUUCAUAUUUCUAAAAUUAAAUAUAAAUUAAUUUUAGAAUAAUGCGUAAUGUGGAGUGAUUGGCAUAACAGUUUCAGCAAAGUCAAAACAAAUUUUAACCUGUUGCAACAACUCAAAAAACAUUACUUCACUGGCAUUGUUAUGCUAAUUAUUUUACAUUGCACUCUACGAUAAUGCAAAAUGGAUUUUGUUGAAUUUUGACAUUUGACAUUAAAGAGUAUGGGGCUGGGGACUCAUGAAAGAGUAUGGGGACAUCUUUGCUCUCUCUCUAAUUUACGCAUUGUGUGAAAUUCUGCCAUUUUGCAUUAUUUUCGAAAGAAUAGUCUAUCGCACAUUUUCUCAUUUUAAUAAAUAAUUUUUGCUUGUGAUCAGAGGAGCUUUUUUCAUCUCUUCUGUUUCAAAAAAUUAAGAGUUUAUGAAUACUAAUUUAACGGCGAGAGAGACGAAUGUCUUGCUUUCUCGGCAGUUGACGGUAUUCUAUAUAAAAUUCUAUCCUUUGCAUUUUAAGACUCUCAAAGAACAAAUUGUCUUUGGUUGUUUCAUUUUUAAAACAUUACUGCUUGUGCAGAAAAUUUCAUUUACUAAACAAAUGUCAUACACAAUUAAAAAUUUAUUUUAAUUACCAUGAUGGGUCCUCAAAAUACGGAAUUGUACCGGAUCUAAAUCACAGUUUGCCCACAAAUUCUGUGCAUAAAUUGGAACAAACACUAUUUUUGUUGCAACUUAUGUACAAAAUUUGUAGGAAAAGUAAAUUUUCUCCAUUUAUCCACAAAAAUGUUUUACAAUCAAAGGCACUGUCACAAAUUAAGUGUCAAAUUGUCGGUACAUAAAGUUUCCAACAACUAUAUACUCAUAUUGCCAAAUAAUACAAAAGUUGCAUUAAUUCUGUACAUUGUCAGAAAGAAUUAAUACAAUUAAUUCUUUCUGACAAUGUACUGUCGGCUUGGAUACAGAAAUUUUAUUAUUUUCUUACUUGUAUUGCAACAUCAAAUCCUUUUCUGCUUCCUCUAUCCAGAGAAUUUCCUAUUCUCAAUUUCAACUAAAGAUAAUUUCUUUUCUGGUCGCAAGCAUAAUAAUCUGUGAGUGGUAGCAUUACUUUUUCUUAUCAUUCUACUCUGUCAUUGUGCAUAUAUAUAUUUGUAUCGGGUAAUUCCGUUCUCGUGUAUCUUCUACUGGAGAUUUGACAACGGAUACCUCAUCGUUUCCCACAAUAUGACACUGCAUUAUUUAAAAUACUUAUGUAUUUUGUACGAUGGAUUUCGACACUUAACUAAUUUGGAUUUUAUACGAUCUGUAAUUAAGUGUUGCCAAAUAAAGCAUUUUUGUUUUUUGCUA